AUGGCUGGAAAGGCCCACCUCUACCACCAGACUGCCUUCCUUGCCCCCGCCAACGCCCCCAACCCCGUAUCGCCCCCUGCCGCCGGCAAUUGGUGGCUGAAUGCAUUUGCGCACUAUGGCCCUGACAAGGAGCUGCUGCUGUUCCAUCGGGUCACUGGGGAGCUGGGCCUUGGAAGGGGCACGCCGCUGGUGCGACCGCGCCCGCAGCGCGGGGGGGACGUCGCGUGCCAAUCGGCAGGGGCCCGCCCCUGGCCUGAGGACAGCCCGAGCGCUCUCUAG